CAGCCUCGGCCGUGGGGCGGCGGCGCGGGCCUCAGCGCCGGCGCGCAGGAGGCGGCGGGGCCAGUGCGGGCGCUGGAGCCGCCGCGGCGGCAGGAAGAUGGAUGCGCCGUGCUCAUCCCUCGCCGCUCGGCAUCUUUCCCUGGCGGCACGGGCUUCCAAAGCAGCUGAGUCCAGGACCUUAAGGAAUGUCACACAGUAGCUGCUGAACUAACUGGCUCUGAAAGGAACAGAAAAAGAUGACAGUCCAUAUUUGAAAUAAACACGUGGACUCUUGCCGAUAAGAAAUCAUGUCAAAAAAAGGACGGAACAAGGGCGAAAAGCCUGAGGCACUGGUUGUUGCCCUGCAGGCUGCCAAUGAGGAACUCAGGACUAAGCUAACAGACAUUCAAAUUGAGCUGCAUCAGGAGAAAUCUAAGGUUGCUAAACUUGAACGAGAGAAGACUCAAGAAACGAAGCGUAUCCGCGAAGUGGAGCAACGCAAGCAGACCGUGCAGAUCACAGAGCUAAAAGCCAAACUCCAUGAGGAGAAAAUGAAGGAGCUGCAGGCUGUGAGGGAGAACCUCAUCAAACAGCACGAGCAGGAGAUGACGAGAAUGGUGAAAGUCCGAGACAGUGAAAUCCAGCGCCUCAAGUCAGCGCUGUGCGCACUGCGGGAUGGGAGCAGUGAUAAAGUACGGACAGCGCUCACUAUUGAGGCUCGUGAAGAGGCCAGAAAACAGUUUGACUCUGAGCGCCUUAAGCUUCUGCAGGAAAUUACUGAACUGAAAUCUGCCAAAAAGCAGGUAGAUGAGGCCCUUAACAAUAUGAUCCAGGCCGAUAAGAUCAAGGCAGGCGAUCUUCGGAGUGAGCAUCAGUCCCACCAGGAAGCCAUUUCCAAGAUCAAAUGGGAGAGUGAAAGGGAUAUUCGGCGCCUGAUGGAUGAGAUCAAGGCUAAAGACAGAAUCAUAUUUUCAUUGGAGAAAGAACUGGAGACACAGACAGGCUAUGUGCAGAAGCUGCAGCUGCAAAAGGAAGCUCUGGAUGAACAGCUCUUUUUGGUGAAGGAGGCAGAAUGUAACAUGAGCAGCCCCAAGAGAGAGAUCCCAGGAAGGGCUGGAGAUGGUUCGGAGCACUGCAGCAGCCCUGACUUGCGCAGAAACCAGAAGAGGAUAGCAGAGCUGAAUGCCACGAUUCGGAAGCUGGAAGACCGGAACACGCUGCUUGUUGAUGAACGAAAUGAGCUGUUGAAGCGUGUCCGAGAAACUGAGAAACAAUGUAAACCUCUUCUGGAAAAGAACAAGUGCCUCACGAAGAGAAAUGAUGAACUUAUGCAGUCUUUGCAGCGCAUGGAAGAUAAACUCAAAGCAGUCACUAAAGAAAAUAUAGAAAUGAGAGAAAAAAUAACAUCACAUCCUCCUCUAAAGAAAUUAAGAUCUCUCAACGACCUGGAUCAGGCUAAUGAGGAACAAGAAACGGAAUUUUUAAAGCUUCAGGUCAUAGAACAGCAGAACAUAAUUGAUGAGUUAACAAGGGACAGGGAGAAACUCAUUCGUCGGAGAAAGCAUAAAAGGAGCUCAAAACCAAUCAAGAGACAUGUGGUGGAUACAGUUUUUGGGUAUGAUGAUGAUUCUAUGGACUCUGAAACAUCCUCUGUGGCCUCGUAUAGAACAGACAGGACACCAGCAACCCCAGACGAUGAUCUGGAUGAGGGCUUAGCUGCAGAAGAGUCAGAGCUGCGGUUUCGACAACUGACAAAGGAGUACCAGGCCCUGCAGAGGGCGUAUGCCCUGCUCCAGGAACAGACAGGAGGGGUCAUAGAUGCUGAAAGAGAAGCCAGGGCUCAGGAGCAACUUCAAGCUGAGGUCCAGAGGUAUAAAGCCAAAAUAGAAGAUCUGGAGAAAACUUUGGCUCAGAAAGGGCAAGACUCACACUGGGUGGAAGACAAGCAGCUUUUCAUUAAGAGGAACCAAGAACUGUUAGACAAGAUAGAGAAAACGGAAGCUGAAAACAACCGUCUGCAACAGGAGCUGCAGGAUGCACGAGACCAGAACGAGCUGCUGGAGUUCCGCAACCUUGAACUGGAGGAAAGAGAGAGACGGUCCCCACCGUUUAAUCUCCAGAUUCACCCAUUCUCAGAUGGUGUGAGUGCUCUACAGAUCUACUGCAUGAAGGAAGGUGUUAAGGAUGUCAGCAUCCCAGACCUUAUAAAGCAGUUAGACAUCCUAGGUGAUAAUGGGAAUUUAAGGAAUGAAGAACAAGUGGCCAUAAUUCAGGCUUCCACGGUAUUGUCCUUGGCAGAAAAGUGGAUCCAGCAGAUUGAGGGAGCUGAAGCUGCUCUGCACCAGAAGAUGAUGGAACUGGAAAGUGAUAUGGAACAAUUUUGCAAAAUAAAAGGUUAUUUGGAGGAAGAGUUAGACUACAGGAAGCAAGCUCUUGAUCAAGCAUACAUGAGGAUCCAGGAGCUUGAAGCCACCUUGUACAAUGCUUUGCAGCAAGAAACAGUGAUAAAGUUUGGGGAACUACUCACUGAAAAACAGCAGGAAGAGCUGCGGACAGCAGUAGAAAAGCUAAGACGUCAGAUGCUGAGGAAAAGCAGAGAAUAUGAUUGCCAGAUUCUUCAAGAGAGGAUGGAGCUGCUCCAGCAGGCUCAUCAGAGGAUCCGAGAUUUAGAAGAUAAAACUGACAUCCAAAAGAGACAAAUUAAGGAUCUGGAGGAAAAGUUUCUAUUUCUAUUCUUGUUCUUCUCUCUUGCCUUUAUUCUUUGGCCUUGAUGUCAAUGUGCCUCUUGGAAAGGUAAGACUGUUUUAUUUAUUUCCUCAAAGCUAGCACUUCUUGCACAGAGUGGAGGAUCACAUCCUUGUGUGUUCUUGUGGAUGUUUGGAGUCAGCGAAUACAGCAGGUUGUUGUUAAUUUGUAAUAGUUCACAGUAGGGGGUUGUCAUACUGCUGAGUUGCUGGUGAUGUUGUGCUAUUCAUAAUUGUAAAAAUAAAAGCUAAUGAGGAAUUUCACAGUGUCAAAAAGCUAAGGGGAUUGCAAGGGAAAUUCAGUGUUGGUGUUUGCAAAGGGAUGCAGAUGGAAAACAGUUAAAAUAACCUCAACUGUAAGCACACUCUGAACUAAUACUCAUGAAAGAUUUUAAAACAGGUAGAGCUCUGUGUCCAGCCGCAGGAAAAAUACAAAGAAGGGCAAGGAAGAAUGAUCAGCUGCUGAGAGACAGAGAAAUGGAAGGAUUUUUCUGGUUCUGGCUCAGGAAGUGACACUGAUUGGAGGAGGUAUUGGAGAGAUAUAAAAAAUUUGUCAUAGACUGUAUGGACAGACAGCUUGCUAUUAUUCUAAUACAGACAGUUACUGUGUGAUAAGCUUGAGAUAAACAAAAAAUUGUAGUUCAGGAUACAGGUUGUAAAGAAGUCUGUCACAGUAUGUUUAGCAUCUGAAAGUGCAGAGUUCAGAAAGUAAUGGGGAAAUAAAUCAGAGAAGUAUAAUGGUUCCAUUUUUCUCUGUGGCUAUCCACUUCUGGAACAAGGAUGCUGGGCUAGGACAACUUUUCUUUUGAUCCAGGAUAACAAAAGUAGAACAUAGCCUAGAAAACAUAAUGUUAAAGCCUCAAGAACUUGUAAUGACAGAGCAUAAUUUCCUGAUUUGGGGACAGACCCAUAUCAUUAAAUCUCUCACUCUCUUGGCUCUGGCUUCAGCUGUGUCAAUGAAUAAUUCCUCCACUCUGCACUUGAGACAAACUGAAAUACAGUUGUGUGAAAGAUGUUCUUCCCUUCCACCAUUUGUAUCAAGUCAUUCUUAGUUUUCAGAUACAAUUCAAGGUAUUGAUUAUAAUUAAGUGGCAUGGGUCCAGUUUGGUGGGUUUUCCUUUUCCCUUUAAGGAAGAGCCACUACUUUGUGUUUCAUUUCAGCUAGAUCAAAGCUUUCAUUUGCAGUUUUGUGCUGAUGCAGAGACAACUCUCAGAAUUAUCCACAUCAGCUGGAAUCCACUGCAUCUUGUUUGGCCAGACCUCAAAAUGAAUGGGCUGAAGGAGCAAUAUACAUAGAGGCUGGCUUGAAUGAGGAGCCACCCAUAGGGAAGUAUUAGGAGAAAUGUGGACAGAUCAGAGAUCCCAGCUCUUGUAAACAACAGUCAAUAUCACUAUUAAGUUGCUGCUGUUUAAAACAUACUGCCUUGAUCCAGGGAUCAUGAAACACAUUAAGUUAUGACUGCAUAAUUAAUUGUGUUCCUACUGCAGGAUUUCUGAGAACCAUGGUCCAGCAUGGUAUGGCUGUGAGAUGUUUUAAGUGGCUGUGACUGGUGAAAGUUUGACUUUGCAGUUUCUUGCAUAUUCAUAAUGGAGAAAAAACACCAGAAAUUCUUCUGAAGCAGCAAAUUAUGGACAGAAUAGGUUUAAGAAGCCAAGGUUUUCACAGUACACAGUAGUAGCAAAUAACAUUAUAUGACUGUGUCUUUUGCUGUACCACAGAAUCAUGAGUCCAGAAUAAGCAGUCAAGCGAGAGGGAGAUACCAAAUAAAAAGAAUUCUUGGAUUUAAAAAAAAUCACAAGAAGUGGUAGUGACAUCUGCAAGAACCUGUCUACGUAAUUUUUUUCUAUUUGCCUGUACUGUUGUCCUUUUUCAGUUCUUAUCACAACUAGAACCAUUGUGCAGCAUGUGAGAAAAACUUGGGCAAUAAGUUCAGAGUUUUCUGUAUAUAGAGUUUGCCACCUACAUUUUCCGCCAGUGUGGGUAUGGUGUUGGUUCUCUAGUGAGUAUUUGCCUCUUCUAUUACAGCUACAGAAUUGGUGAGAAGCUUAUACAUCCCAGUUUUACCAGGUCUAAUCUCCUAAUACCAUUUGCUGAUAACACGCCUUUUUGGCCUAAUUUGAGGGCAGGUAUUGGCUGAUGAGAAAAGCUAAUGAUAUGCCUAAGGUCAGAACUCUGUAUUUUUCCUAGUUCUAGGAGUUUUGCUAUUUUUCACAUAGAGUCAUUGUGCUUCCAUGGACUGCUGUGUCCUAUUCAGCUCUUGCUCUCCCCUAAGCUGAUGCACACCUUGCUGUUGUGUUCCUUGAACAGGACUAAUAGUCAAAACAAUGUAAACAUUUCUGUGCUGUCUGUAGGGCUGACACAACCGUCCCAGCUGCACAACUGACUGACGUCAUUGCACGGGAAUUUACGUGGGUCCCUUAGGGACUGUGUCAAGACUUCACUUCCCUCCCCAUGCCCUUUCUCUCCCCACUCUCCACCCCCCAUUCUGGCCCAACCUCCUUCAAUGGGUUUUCCUCAUUUUACAUAACAUCUAAGGUUUAGCAGGUGUAAAUCCCUUUGGGAUCACUUGAGCCCCGGAAGGCUGCUCUAACUGCAAUGCCAAGAUGAGUUUCACUCAUCGAAUUCAUUGUUGCUCCAUAGUGGCUGGUCCCUGGAGCACACAGGAGUCCAGUUCCUCACAGAGAGGAUGAGAAGCAUCAGCAGGAGCUGAAAUGUGGUUUACAGCCCCAGAAAGCCUGCUAGGCAGUUGUGGCACUCUUAGGACCACCCAGGAAAUGAAGGAUUCUUUUGCCUUUCCCAUCCUGCUUUUACAUAUUUGGCUUCAUGAACGUCAGGUAGGGAUCAACAAGAUAGAUUAUGGUGAGCUGAGUGACAGAGGAAGGAGCCAUGACAGUGGUGGAGAUGCAGUGAUUUAGAGAAUCGACAUUGACUAUGAAAGUGGAAACAUCUUAUGGGUGAGGUGUGUGUGGGGGAUAUAUAAACUCAAUGCUUUUCCAGAGGAUCUGCACUGCUUUGAACUCCCUUGAACUGUAAAGACAGCUGCAGCAGGCCCAGCAUCACAGCACGCAUGAUAUCUGUAGAGUGUUUUACCAAGGCCAGUCACUCCACAGGUGCAAAGCAUCAAGUCUUGUAGCAGUUCCUCAAAAACAAGGUAAUGGUAAGCUCCUCAUCCCCUGCCUUCACCCCUGUAUUUUCCUCUGUGGGAUCCUCUCCCCUCAAUACCUGAGGGAAAAUCUCCAGACACAAGCAAUUUGGGAAUGGCAAUGGCAAGGUGGAGACAGAUUUUAGCAAAAUCAUAUUUUCUGAGGCUGGAAUACAUGGAAUUGGAGAGAAUAACUAAUAUUGAUUUGUGUUGUCCAAUUGCAUUAAAAAACACCUGCCUAGCCAGGUGAUUUAAUCCAGCAAAGGAGAGCAUGGCAUGGGGAGUGUGCCAUCAGCAUUUCUUCUUACAACUAUUGACCUAUAUGUAUUGUCAUAUAUAUAUAAUAUGCUAUAUCUAUUGCAACAUUACUUUACUUCCACUGGAUACAAGUGAACUGUCUUAGCCUUAUUAGAGACUUCAAACAGAUCCCUGACAAAACAAGUGAAAAGCCCAGCUCAUCCUAGGGAGCCACUUUAUGGUGUGAAGUCUUAGGUUUUGUUCAUACCUUGGUGCGGUUUAUCCUUUACCAAUCUUUUAACCAGCAGAGAGAAACCCACAGUGUGGUUACAGAUGAUAUUUUCUGGUUUCCUUCUCACCCACAGUGAACACAGGAUUCACUGUUAUACUGAAAUAACAAAGGACAAGAAUGUGCAAAUAAAGGAAACCAUGUGCAGCAGAUACAGUAUCCAGACCAGAAGAUCUCUAAUUCCUGUAUAUGUGGGAUUUUCCUAACUGUAUUUUCUCUGUGCUUGUGAACAUACGUAUUCACUUGUUUGUGAUCACAUAAGGAAGUGCGGUCUGUGUGGAUUUUGCACCCAGUGAAUUUUACUAUGUAGGCUUGAAUGCUGAGAUAACAAAGGCAAAAUAUGACCUUUUUUUUCCUGGUCUCAAACCUGAGAAGAAAAGUUCUUUUCCAUAGGUAGGAUAGGCUUUCUCAGAACAGCAGUUUCUGUUUGCCUCAGUUCUGCAUUAGCCAAAAUUCCAGGCUUGCUUUGACACUGGAUAUUGCAAGGAUAUUGCCUGCUACCAUGGCACUUGUUAUGGAUGAAUUUUAGGCAGCUUUAGUUCGAGAGUCAUUGAAACAUAUGCAUACUGCUCAUGUGAAAAUGCCCAUGGGACCUUUAUGCACCACAGGGCUGCACUUUGUGGGGUUUAAAUGGACAAAUUUAGCAAAAUACACAGAUUUCUCACAAAUGCUUUUUGUACAGACAAAACCAGUUUCACACUGAUAGCUGUAAGAACUGACCUUUUCAGCUUCCUGACUGAUAGAGUGCAUCUUGGCAAAGUUGGGAUAGGUAGAGGAACUUAACUUAGAUUUUAUCUGAUAUAGGUGUUCUCUUUUUUUUUUUUAACUUUUAGAGUGACCGACCACACAGAUAUGUCCUUAUAAAGGCAAAUGCUUCCACCCCUCGAUGAAGAGAAUAUUGUUUACACCUAUUUUCAAAAGUAUAAAAAUGAACAACCUGUAGCCAAGACUGCAAUCACCUUGUAUUUUAAAGCCAUCAUUCAAAAUUUGUUACGUGACAGUUCCUGUCUAAAGCUAUGAUAUAUGCUGCAUCUAAUGAAAUCCCGUAUGUUGAAAUUAUAAAAGGGGAAGAAAAAUAACAACCUACAUCACCUAGGAAGAACUUAAAGGGAAGGAACCACUUUCAGUGGAUCAAGUCAGUGUGUCUUGGGCAUGGAACCAAAGUUACAAUAGAAAAACCUAUUCCUGCUGUGCAGGGCAAUCAUUUUAAUGUCACCCUGUCAUCUGACAAAUGGAUCAAAAAUGAACAGAUCAGAGUAGGAGAAACUCAAGAGAUGCUUGCAACAAAGUGCUUGAUUUCAAGUAUGUGGCUUUCUCACUGCAGGAACUCCUGCUCUCCCUCUUUGGUUUUAACCUCAGGAACAAAUGACAGCUGUAAUGUGGAAAGAAGAAAGGAAAGAAGAAAAACAGUCUGGGUUAUUGGAGGGCGGGCAGGACAAGUCCAUGUUUUGUGCUUGAGAACAUAGCACAUCACCACCUGCCUUGGCCAAGGAAUGGAAGAAGAGGGUGUCUGGCAUAAGGAGGGUUUCCAGUGGAGUUGAAGCCUUACCUCUCUUCACCAUCCCUCCAUGGCGAACAGCCUGUCUAUUAUCAGACACUUUCCAUACUCUUUAAAGACUGCCACUGAGAUAAUAAUGACUCUACUUGGUUUCACUGUAGAAUAACCACUGAGGAUCACUGAAUUGGACCUACAGAGUAGCUUCUGAGAAAGAAAUGUUGGAGGGCAGGGAGGAAGGCUAAUCCCCUUAUCCACGUGACAUGAUUCACAAAGCAUCAGCUUCCAACUGUUUUGUCCCAGCUUGGAAAAAGUGGUUUGGUUCAGCUUGUCAAUUGGCUUUGUCAGUUGGCUUCCUAAUCAAUGGUACAUAGACCAAAAAUGGGGAAAAACUUUGUGAACAUGACCUUAUUACAAGUAAGAAGUAUUGCUAGUCUGUUUAGAUUUUUCCACUCUUAAAAGUAACUAGAAGUAGUUUUCAUUACGAAGCAUUACUUACCUCUGUAAUCACCAAGCAUGGAACCCAGCCAUGGUGCCUCCCUGAGGUCAUAGUACUCUGUCAGAAAUGUAGGUCCAUGCAUCCCAGUACUCUUUCAGAAACAUCUCUGAGGAGCAUAAUGCCUGCAGCAAUCACUGUGAGGGUUCUGUGCCGAGGGAAGCAUUGCAGCCAGUUGCACCCACCCUCCCUUUCUCACUGAUGGACUGACAGUGCACUUCUCAGUGCCUCUGGUUUCAUUUCCUAGGAAAUGGAGUCCUGCCUGUUGAGACUUGGGGUUCCAAGGCUCUGUCUUUGGUAAUGGAGCCUUAAUUUUAGCUGGAAGAAAUGGAUUUCUGUACUACAAACUAGAAAAUUAAGGGCCAGAAUACAGCUUGUGCAUUACUUACACCUUCAAAGCAGGGAUCACAUGUACCAACAUCUUACGCACAUCAGAAGCUUGUAAAGUGUUUUUUCAAAGACCUACUCCUUUGGUUGUCUGUUGCUUUUACAGGCAAAGCAGCUGAGGCAGAAAGCAGUGAGGUCACUUGCCAGAGCAACCUAGCACAUCAAAAGCAGUUCCUUAGCCAUAGGAGAGAGGAAUUUCCUCUAGUAUCAAGGAUGCCUGCCCCUCACAGAUACCUUUUUUUUGGGCCAGAAUAGCUUUUAAUCAGUGAUGUCCAUUUGCCCAACUGCAUUACAAUUCUGGGCUAAGUUUCUGCCCAAAGACUGCUAACUUCCUUAUUUCUUGAGUGCCAGAAGAUAGUGUUAAGCCUUCCAUCAAAGAGCAGAAGUUACUAGGAAGUGAUUUUUUUUCCUGCUCCUUAUAAUUAAUUUAAAUUAUAUAAUGACCACAUCCUCUUGAAACACUGGUUCAGCCAAGAGGUCUGCUGGGUUCUGGCAUCAAGCUGCGUGUUUGCUGGUUCAUUUUUUAUGAAAUAUGCUUGUAGGUAGAUAUGUUACCUGGCUGCAGGCACAUUGCAUGCUUUUUGUUCAAAUUCCUUUUCCCUAGCAGAAGACUCUGUGAAUAAGGUCGACCCAAAUGUACAGGUGCUUUCCACAAGCUCUGGACUCAGACCCUGGAAGAGUGGUCCCACUCCUGUGAGCUGGAGUUCACUGAGAAGCUUAACAGUGUGUUAGCUACAAAGAGGGCGCUUUCUGGUUAUUCCUUCUUUCCACCUCACUCUUUUCUCCUCUGUUGCAGCAUCAGGUAAUUUCAUACCUUCAGGCUGCUUUCUGCAGUGUUAGGGCUGUCAGUUAAAGCACUGAGUUCUUGCCAGGAGAAUGAGCAGCACUUCUUUUCAGUGAUGGUGCAAUAACUUCCACCACUGGUUUGGUUUAAAAAAAAAACCAAAAAAGUCCUAGAAACGUUUAUUUCAGGCAAUUUUACAGAAGGUUUAUGGCACAGAUACAAAUACAGUUUCACAACAUACCUGGCUGGUCUUGUAGCAGGCUUCAUAAUUUACACUCCUUGAGCCAUGUUAUCUUAUUUAGUUUAUUUUUUAAAUCUAAUUUGCAGUCCUUACUCCUGUAUACAAUACCUAUAUAAUACCUGUAUACAUAUGUAUGCAGGUAUUUCAUUUCCAAGGGCUUAGGGUGGGAUUGGGGCUGGUAGUCUGACCAAAGCAGACCUGCGUCUGCAAACUUUUCCAAGAUUGUUCUUCCCUCCAGGGAGCUGAACCACCACUGCUUUACUCUCCUUGCAGCAUAACACAUGCCAUGCCUAAAACACACUUGAUAUGCAUUAAUACAAACUUCCUGCUAUCAGCUAGAUCAAAAUGAGAUUAAUGUGUGUGUAUAUAUAUAUAUACACACACACACAAGUAUCUAUAUGUAUAUGUACAUAUAUAUACAUAUAUAUGCAUAUACUUAUCUAUUCCCUGUUGUAUAUAGAAAUUAUUGCUAUAGCUUACAAAAGUAUUACUUCAAUCUAGGCAUGGGGAACUGAAUCAAGAUUGUUUAGCUGCCAGAGCUGGUACACUCCUCCAGGUUUAGUUUCAUCUCAUGGGCAACUGAUUUUUUGAUUCUUUUUUCUGGACCCAUCUCUGUCCUUGGACUGUUAAUGCUGGGCUUUCUGCUGUUCCUGACAUUCAUUGAAGCAAAGGAUUGAGAAACUUUCCCAGAUUAGUCACUGCAGCCAACCUCCCCUCCCCAAAACCAACAAGAAAAAUUAAAAUCAAUUUACUGCAGCCUUUGAGAACAGCAAAUACAGCCCUGGAUCCCUCCCAUGCAUCCCUUUAAAGUUGUUCAGGAGUAGCAGCACUCCAGGCUAUCCAUUCUGCCAAAGUAGGAGGUGAGCCACAGAAGGUAGUACAGAUUAGCUUGACCACACGUUGACUUGCUGCUUUUAUUUCCCAGUUACCAAGUUGGGAAAUUUUGAAGACUAUUUUUUGAAUUUUAAGCACUUAAGAUGAGGGCCUGGUUACAUAAGAUGAAUUUAGGCAAUUGGGGUUGCAGUAAGGAAAUGGUACUUGCUGUGUUACCAGCCUGGCUCACAGCUCCAUCAUCUCUUACUGAUGUGCCUGGAGGACAAAGGAGAGAGGUUUUUCUAGGGUAGUGUUCAUCUUCCAACCCUCUACUAUCAUCUCAGUGGGAAACAUCCUCUGAAACCCAAAGCUUUCAGUUCUGUGGCACCCCACAAGGACUGCCCAGGCCAGGCUCUCCUGACAUGAGCAGGGCUAAGAGAACAAACACAGCUGCUGGUGAUCCAAAGGGUUUUCUCUUCCCCUGCCCUCUCUCACAUCAGCACCUUCGUGGUUUUAUAUAUACUUUUUGUUCCAGAUUUUUUUGGUGUCUAUUCCAGAACAAAACUGUAAAUGACUUGGCAGAAUGACCCUUUGAUAAACACUGGACAUGUAUCUGUACUAUAUGUAUUAACGUGUAGGAGAGAAUCCUUAUUGUAUGUAAAGUUUUAUGAAUGGUUAUUUUUUAAUUUAUGUAUUUAAUAUAGGAUUCAAUGACCUCUGGUGUUUUAGUUUGUAUAAAAAAUAAAACAGCAUUUUUAAAAAAAAAAUACCACUUUACACUCAUGGAGAUAUUCAGCAUCACUGAAGUCUGUUCGGAGGAAUCACGUUCAAGCUCAGCCACGGAGGCAGAUGCUGGGGCGCGGGGGGUUGUGACACUGAAAGGGAUGGGGAAGUACAUUGGUGUGGGGAGUACAUCGAUUAAAGAGCGAGCGACGUCCCGGCAUGAUCACUAGGAAAAGGGAGGGCACCUAGUGGUCCCAGCGGGAGCCAAGGGUUAAUUUAUUGCUGUUUGCCAGGCCUGUGCAGAAACCAAAACACAAGAGCAAGCUGCUGCCUUUCUGGAGCUCGCGGCGCACGGUGUAGGAGCUCUUGAAGGCUCCUGCCGCCGUUUGGAAUAGAAAACCCCGCUCGCUGCUUUCAGCUGGGCCCGGGGCCGGGGCUGAGGCGGAGCCCGGGCUGAGGAGGGG